UAAUUGCUGCUAUAUUUGCAUUCGAUCGUUUUAUCCUGAAAACCCUAAAUCCUAAAUCAGAGCUCCAACAAUGGCAGACCUCCCAAUCUCAGUCGACAGUAUUAAGCAAUUCUGGCACUCCCAGGUUCACGACCCAGAAAAGUGGGCUUUCAACAUGAGAUUUUUGCGUGCUGCAGGAAUGUUUGGUGGCUCAAUCAUUCUUCUACGAAACUUUGGAGAUGCUAUUGCUUUGUAGAUGAGGAUGAUGGGAUUUGAAGCGUGCUUUAUGCUUUGAAUUACAAACUAGUUUUCUAUCUCUUUUAGCCUUUGCAGUAUCUUAGUAAAGCUCAAGUCCUUUGUACUAUAAGAUUUUACUUUUUAUUAGUAUCUAGUUUUGGCCUUAGGCAGCAUAUACUAUAUGCUGUGCUAAGAGUUGUUACAUUUUGGUUUGAAGUUUGAAUUUAAUGUUAGUUGCAAAGGUUACUUGAAACUUGUUGGCUUUGCUUUACCUUUUUUGGUUCUAAUUUCAGUUGAAUGAAAUAAAUCUUUGGUUCUGUCA